AAUCACGUGACUCUCCAUUUUCUUGUUCGAACCGAGACUUGCAGCUUUUGACGACGAAAUCAACAACAUCUCAGUUCUCCACUCCCUAAUCAUAUCAACAACUUCACAAUGGCAGCCGGAGUAAGUUAAAUCUUUUAAUUAAAGUACUAUUGCUAUUAAUCAAACUUUACCUCCAAACCUCGCCGUCCUGCAGACUUUGCACCCCCUCCGAAGAAUUCCGAAGACUUCUGGCCGGACCUUCACUCCCCUCGACCUCGUUGAGCGUGAGAUUAUUACUAACCGAUCUACUCCUACAGCGCAGCGCAGCCCUCAAACUCGACUGGGCGAAAGUUUCCCAAUCCCUCGGACUCAAGGGAGCCACCGCGUCCUCCCUUCAAGCUUUCAAGAAGCGCAAUGAAGAUGCCCGUCGCCGCGUGCAAGCUCUUUCUGAGCAACCUACCAAAGUAGACUUUGCACACUACAGAUCGAUUCUCAAGAACACCGCUGUUGUCGACGAAAUCGAGAAGCAUUUCUCCACAUUCAAGCCAGCAGCAUAUGAUGUAGCUAGACAGAUUAAGGCGAUUGAGACUUUUGAGGCACAAGCUAUCAAGAACGCACAAGAGACAAAGGGCAGAGUGGACUUGGAAUUGAAGGAUUUGCAGAAGACAUUGAAAAAUAUCGAGGAGGCUAGACCAUUCGAGGAUUUGACUGUGGUAUGUAGUGGCUCUUGAGAGGAAUGUGCAGAGAUAAAGGAAAAAAAUGGGGUUGGCUAAUGUGUUAUGUGUGUCAAUAGGAUGAAGUUGCAGCUGCUCGCCCAGAUAUUGAUGAGAAAACUUCUCAACUCGUUUCCAAGGGUCGCUGGGGUGUUCCAGGUUACAAGGUACGUUUUGAAGUUAUAUUUUCUGUUGUUUGGGAUGAUACGGCUGCUAAUAUAUUUAUAGGAGAAAUUCGGCGAUCUUUCUAUGCUUUAGAUGGAAUAAAUUUGAGCUCCCCUUUUCUUUGUUACCUGCACUGUUGUAGAUAGGGACCGGUGGUGGAAGAAUCAAAAUCAUGGUGGUUGAAUGUUUAAAAGCCAGGUUGGCUAAUCAUGAUACUGUUUUCUCAACUUAUUGAACUACUGAUAAAUUUGUUGUUUUGAUUGAAUGCUGUCACAAAGACCAUCAAAUUAAACCUCUGAGAUGCUGGGACUGCAUGUAAAUGAUAUCAAUCCCUCUUGGGGUCAUGAGAGAUGGAUUUCGGAGAGCGAAGCAUCAUCCAAAAGCGAGUCAAACUAGCCACGAAUACUAAGAUAUCCACC